UAAAUGUGCAUUUGCAUUAAUGUCAUAUUGUCAAAUAUUUCGAAACAACACAACGCGCGGUUUGCAUGUAAACGUUCAAUUGUUUAAAAUAUUUUUGUAGUUAUUGAAUUCUUGUUCAUUAUUCUUUAAUAUCGUUAAUAAUUAUGAGUAGCAAAAGUGUGUCUACUCGUUAUCGUACAAACAUAGUGUCAGCUGGUGAAUUAACACCAGUUAUGAAUGGAAGAUCUAGACUGACACCAAGUGGGCUUCGGCAUCGGCCUGUACAUAAAUCAGAGUCUGCACAGAAAAAUCAUUUAGAAGAUAAAUGUGGAACUAAAUCAGGACUAUUCAAUAAAGUAUUAAGUACUGAUACUUCUUCGAGUACACCUCGGAAUACACCGCGUUCGACUGCAAUCAAUGCAUGUUACACACCUUCGUCACUAUUCCGCAACGUGAUGUCGACACCUUUGAACAAAGUACGCACUCAGUAUUCAACUGCCUCUGCAAGCAAGUCAAAACUGAGAAAUACGGAAUCCGCAUCAACAAGUCAAAUAGUCGAUGACACAGAGAUAAGUAAUCUCACAGUUGCAGUACGCGUGCGCCCUUUGAACGCUCAAGAGUGUUCGUUGGCCAAAGUAACAAAUGUUGUACGUGUUUGUGGAAAUGAGUUAACUGUUUCGGCCGGCAUGACUGCUGACUGCACAGCAGGUCUUACACAUUCCUUUACAUAUGACCAUGUAUUCGAUUCAACAGAUCCAGAUAGUAAAUUGUAUGCAAAUCAAGACGAUGUAUUUGCAGGAACUUCGAUACCCUUAAUAGAUCGAGCAUUUCAAGGUUAUAACGCUUGUCUUUUUGCAUAUGGCCAGACUGGUUCUGGAAAAUCUUACAGUAUGAUGGGUAUUGAAGCUUUAGACGACGACGCAUCUGGAAACAGUGUACCACAUCCUGAAGCGGGUAUAAUACCACGUUUUUGUAGAGAACUUUUUAAGCGUUUAGAAAGUAUGAAACAUUCAAUUCGAGCAGAAAUCGAGAUAAGUUAUUUUGAAAUAUAUAACGAGAAGAUACAUGAUCUGCUUUGUGUGGCGCAAUCGGAAAGCAAUUGUAGCUUAGGUAACAUACAUGUUGCAAGUACCCCGACAUCAACAAACAACGUCAAUAAUCGACCAGCCUUGAAAGUGCGAGAACACCCUAUUUGGGGUCCGUAUGUAGUGGAUUUAAGUAUUCAUCCCGUAGAUUCCUACGAGGCAAUGCGUAAUUGGCUUGCAGUAGGUAACUCACAACGUGCAACUGCUGCUACUGGAAUGAAUGACAAAAGUUCACGUUCUCAUUCUAUAUUUAAUAUCGUUCUAAAUUUAACUGAGAUUAACGAGGAUUUGUCGAAUAAUAAGCCCGAUGACUCUGGUACACGUCAAACUCGUCGCAGUAGAAUCAGUUUGGUGGAUUUAGCGGGAAGUGAACGCAUUUCAAUGGUUGGCUCAAAUGGCGAUCGCAUACGCGAAGGUGUUAGUAUAAAUAAAAGUCUACUAACAUUGGGAAAAGUAAUUGCUGCACUAGCAGAUUCAAAGAAAAGUGCAACAAAUGGAUCAGUUUUUGUACCCUAUCGUGAAAGUGUUCUUACGUGGCUUUUAAGGGAAAACCUCGGGGGCAACUCGAAGACGGUUAUGCUUGCCACAAUUUCGCCAGCCAAUAUAAAUAUCGAUGAGACUCUAGCCACCUUACGUUACGCUUGUCAAGCUCGUACAAUAGUGAAUCGGGUCAAAGUGAAUGAAUCGCCACAUGAUAAAAUAAUACGGGAGCUACGUGCAGAAGUGGACCGUCUUAAGUCAUUGAGAAAUGAAUAUGAACGCCAACGCCGCUUGUCGGCUAAUAGUAAUCCAACGCCGAGAAAAAUCAUUAUCGAAACAUCAGUUGAUGAGAGCGAGGUGGAUGCGUUACGACAGCAACUUGCUGAGCGCGAAAGAGAACUGGAUAAAGCGCAAAAAUCAUGGAUGCAGCGCUUAAAAGAAGCUGAAGAUCAGCGAAAGUCUGAACUACGACUGCUACGUCGUAAGGGGCUGGCCUUAGAAUUAUCAACAGAUCAAAAACAUGCGUGUCUUGUAAACUUGACUGCUGAUGCCAUUUUUAGUAAUACACUGUUUUAUAUAUUACCCGAAGGUCAGGUGAAGAUAGGUCGUACACGCACCUCAUCCUAUUGUAGUCAACCGGAUAUUUUACUCGACGGUCCAUUGGUUGCCUAUCACCAUUGUAUAAUCGAAAAUAAACAUGGCGAACUGUUUAUUAUCCCGCAAAAUGAGGAUUUUGAAACCUAUCUGAAUGGUGAUCUUGUGACCGAACGAAAAAAAAUAUUUCAUGGAGACCGUUUAGUAAUCGGAGGUACACAUUAUUUCCGAAUAUCAAAUCCAUUUUGCUCCCAGCGAAAUAAAAAAUUGGUGGUCGAUUUUCAAAUGGCUCAUGAAGAAAUUUUACACAAACAGGAAGAGAAACUUCGACGCGAAUUGGAAGAGGAAAAACGUGCAGCUCUGUCGCGCAUAGAAUUUGAACGUGCCGAGAAUGAACGGAAUUUUAAUGAACGCAUGCAAAAGCUUGAAUUGGAACAGUUAAAAUAUAAAUGUAAUAGAGAAAUACUGGAAACUGAACGAAAAGCUUUUCAAGAAGAAGCACAAAAUAAUACAAACCAAACUCCUGUAAUUACACCUUAUACGCCAACUUUCAAAUCAAAUUUACUGGAUGACAUCAAUAAUAUUAUGCAGAAUCCCAGUGAUAAGAGUCUGCAUAAAACACAGCUAAUGGUAAAGGAAGCAACGCAACGGUGCCGUAGUUUGGGUAUGCAGAUAGAGUUUCGACACUCACAAGUACUUGACGAAUUCGGCAUAUUUCAUACCGUUGUCCUAUUGCAUGACAAACCACUUCAACGUAAAGCAGAAUGGCCCAUUGCGAGGCUCAGUGUCUGGCUUGAUAUGGUGCGUAACAAUGAUGACUUAACUAGCGACAAUCUGUUCAAUUGCGUAGAUAUGAAUUGGGAGCCAAUGGAAAGUGAUGACUGCGCAACAUUAAACGAUUCACUGAACUCCAGUCGAAUUUCACUCAAUUUAAGUGUUGUUAAGGACGCUUUGUUGAAAAAGCCAAUAAAUAAACUACACUUAUUCAACACAUCUUCGCAUUCACCAUCGCCUAUUAAAGCGUCGUCUUUAAUAAGUGAUGAAUGCUACGUGCAGUCAUCGUUACCGGGUAGAUUCAUCACGAAGAAGGUGUUGCAGUACGACGAUUGUAUUGACUCAUCGGCAAGAAACACACAGAAUAUAUCGGAAAACUUUACCACAAAUAAUACUACUUCGAACUCUAAUAAUUUAAGAAGUGAUUUUAACACAUUGGCCCUAAUGCAUCUACGUGAUAUGGAGCGUUCCACUUCACGUUUAAGAUUGCUAUGUAAUCGCUUUAAUAAUGAGCAGGAAAAUUUACCAAAUGAAAUCUCUAGUGAGGAGCAGCAACGUUUUCGAGAAUCAUUAAUAGAAAUUGAGAAAAUUAUGCAUGGUAUGCGUACUUACCUUGAUCGAAGUGAGCACGUUGAGGGUGGUGAAGUAGCGGCAACUAAAAUGCCAAAGGCUGUACGUUUUCUCAUAGAUUAGUAUUUAGACAAAUAUUAUGUUUUAAUAUCCUUUUAUUAGUAAAAUCUGUGUAUUAUAUAUUCGUCAUGUUUAACCCUUCGAAUAUAACUGUUGAAUACAUAUUUUUUAUAU